AGGGUGGGGAGGGCCGGGAGGAGGGGUCUGGGCGCCGGCGGCGCGAGGCCGGAGCGGACCGAGCGGGGCUGGAGUCCCGGCGCCCGGCGCGAUACUGAGAAAAGGGGGAACCGAGAGGACCUCGAAAGGGGAAGAUGCCUAGCACAGACCUUCUGAUGUUGAAGGGCUUUGAACCUUACUUUGAGAUUUUGGAAGCAUAUUCCACAAAAGCCAAGAAUUAUGUAAAUGGAUAUUGCACCAAAUACGAGCCCUGGCAGCUGAUUGCAUGGAGUGUCCUGUGGACCCUGCUGAUAGUCUGGAUGUAUGGGUUCAUCUUCCAGCCGGAGAGCUUGUGGUCCAGGUUUAAAAAGAAGUUUUUUAAGCUCUUGCGGAAGAUGCCCUUUGUUGGUAACAAGAUUCAGGGCAAGUUGACAAAAAUCAAAGAAGACCUUGGGAAGCACUUGAAGUACCUGCAAGUGGAUAAAGACUAUGUGAAAGCCCUGCCCACCCAGGGCAUGAGCACAACGGCGGUCCUAGAGAAGCUCAAGGACUACAGUGCCACUGAUGGCAGCUGGCAAGAAGGGAAGGCCUCAGGAGCCGUGUACAGCGGGGAGGAGAAGCUCACAGAGCUGUUCGUACAGGCUUAUGGAACUUUUGCAUGGAGUAACCCACUGCAUCCAGAUAUCUUCCCAGGACUACGUAAAUUAGAGGCAGAAAUUGUGAGGAUGGCUUGUUCUCUGUUCAAUGGGGGACCGGAUUCUUGUGGAUGUAUGACCUCUGGGGGGACAGAAAGCAUCCUGAUGGCCUGCAAAGCUUACCGGGACCUGGCGCUAGACAAGGGGAUCAAAACUCCAGAAAUAGUGGCUCCUGUAAGUGCCCAUGCUGCGUUUGACAAAGCAGCCAGUUAUUUUGGGAUGAGGAUGGUCCGGGUCCCUCUGAACAAGAUGAUGGAGGUGGAUGUGCGGGCCAUGCGAAGAGCUAUCUCCAGGAACACCGCCAUGCUCGUCUGCUCUGCACCUCAGUUUCCUCACGGUGUGAUCGACCCCAUCCCAGAAGUGGCCAAGCUGGCCGUCAAAUACAGAAUACCUCUUCAUGUAGAUGCUUGUCUGGGGGGUUUCCUCAUCGUCUUUAUGGAGAAAGCAGGAUAUCCACUGGAGAAGCCUUUCGACUUCCGGGUACCAGGUGUGACCAGCAUUUCAGCGGAUACUCAUAAGUAUGGCUACGCCCCCAAGGGCUCCUCAGUGGUGUUGUACAGUGACAAGAAGUUCCGGAAGUACCAGUUCUUCAUUAGCACAGAUUGGCCGGGUGGCAUCUACGCCUCCCCAAGCAUUGCAGGCUCACGGCCUGGUGGCAUCAUUGCAGCUUGUUGGGCCACCUUGAUGCACUUUGGUGAGAAUGGCUAUGUUGAAGCUACCAGACAGAUCAUCAAAACUGCUCGUUUCCUCAGAUCUGAACUGGAAAAUAUCAAAGGCAUCUUUAUUUUCGGGAAUCCUCAGGUGUCAGUCAUUUCUCUGGGCUCCCAUGACUUUGAUAUCUACCGGCUGUCUAACAUGAUGACUGCUAAGGGAUGGAGCUUGAACCAGCUGCAGUUCCCACCCAGUAUUCAUAUCUGCAUCACAUUAGUACAUACGCGGAAGCGAGUAGCAACCCAGUUCUUAAAGGACAUCCAGGAAUCUGUCACCCAGAUCAUGAAGAAUUGUAAAGCAAAAGUCACAGGAAUGGGUGCCAUCUAUGGCAUGUCCCAGGGGAUUGUUGACAGGGACCUGGUUGCGGAAAUCUCCUCGGUCUACUUGGACAGCUUGUACAGUACGGACGCUGUAACCCAAGGCAGCCAGAUGAAUGGUUCUCCAAAACCCCGCUGAGCUUGGGCUUCUUCUAGUUCCAGAGGACUCCCGGCCUUCAAAAGGUUCUCUGGGUGUGGAAUAGGCCACCCACAACUUUGACACCUGGUCUUGCUCCAUAGAGCACAAAGUUAGGCCAUGAGAGAGUUCCAGCCUCAGGAUUCCUGUUCCUCCUUUUAUUACUUUCUGUGGUUUUAAAUUUGAAGACCUUGAAGGAUUUCAUUGUAUAAUGAACCUACCCUUAUUAUAAAGGUAAUGGUAGGAAUUGUUUUAACCAUUU